AUGCGUUAUCGCCUCGUUGCGACGUCAUUUGGCGGCGUCGGCUGCACGAGCACCAUCCGUGGCGCCGUCCGCCACACGCUCCAAACUGACCUCCCAACGCAGAUGGGCGGUGGCGACAGCGCCGCGCAGCCGAUUGAAGCCCUUCUCGCGUCGUUGCUCGGCUGCAAGGUGGCGACCGCGCACUACGUGGCGCGCCAUCUGUGGGCGCGGCCGCACAACCGCUUCGAAUCGAUUGAAUUCGCAGAUGUGGAGGCUCGCCACCGACUGAACCAACCACCAGGCGCACUCCACCUGCCCAUCACCGAGCCGCCGCCUUCCCCGCCGGGGCUGACCCGUGUGAGCGGCGUGGCAAGGGUGCACCUGCCGGCCGGCUCGCCCCUCACCGCAGACGACGUGGCUGUGCUCGGCCGCGUUGUCGAGCAGCGCUGCCCGAUCGCCGCGAUGCUGGCCGCCGCCGGGGUGGAGAUGGACAUGGAGUGGGUGCCGGGUGGGGCUGCUCCGUUGUGA